GCCAUCUUUCGUAAACGAAGUUCUCAUACAGUUCUGGACAUCAGUGCAUGAGUUAUUAAGUAUAGAUAAUGGAUAGAGUUAUACCACAAACUUGUCAGAAACUAUGGGGAGGUCGAUUUGGCGAAGAUAUUGACCCUGAUUUUCAUAAUUUUAAUGCGUCAAUCCAUAUCGAUAAGCGACUAUAUGCCGAGGAUAUACAGGGAAGCAUAGCUUACGCACGAAGUCUUUGUAAGGCGAAACUUAUCUCGCAGGAAGAGAUGCAAGCUAUAAAUACAGCUUUGAAACAGAUACAAGGCGAAUGGGAAAAUAACAAGUUUACCAUAAAUCAUGAAGAUGAGGAUAUACAUAGCGCCAAUGAACGAAGACUUUCGGAAUUAAUUGGUGAUAUAGCAAAGAAAUUACAUAUUGGACGGAGUCGCAAUGAUCAGACUGUGACUGAUACCAAAUUAUGGCUUCGAAAAUCAAUUGAUAAGCUUCUGUUUAGACUAAAAAGCUUCAUAGAGGUUCUCAUAGCUCGAGCGGAAAAAGAUAUAGACAUACUUAUGCCUGGAUAUACACAUAUGCAACGAGCACAACCUAUUAGAUGGAGUCAGUGGUUACUUAGCUAUGCGUGGUACGCAAAGCAAGAUUUGGAAAGAUUAUUAGAAAUACGUAAACACGUAAACAUCUUACCGCUUGGUAGCGGUGCGAUAGCAGGUAAUCCUUUCGCUAUUAAUCGUCAAUUUUUGGCUGUGGAACUUGGUUUUGACGAAAUUACUGAAAAUAGUAUGCAUACUGUCGGAGAUCGAGAUUUUGUCGCUGAAUUUCUAUUUUGGUCGUCAUUAUCAUCAAUGCAUCUAAGUCGCUUCUGCGAGGAUUUGAUCAUCUACAGCACCCAGGAAUUUAAUUUUAUCCAAUUUUCUGAUAAAUAUUCUACUGGUAGUAGUCUGAUGCCCCAGAAGCGUAAUCCAGAUUGCAUGGAAUUAAUACGUGGAAAAACUGGCACUAUAUUCGGAAAGUGCAUUGGUUUUAUGGUAACACUAAAAGGAAUUCCAUCAACAUAUAACAAAGAUCUUCAGGAAGACAAAGAAUCGUUAUUUUAUACAUAUGAUACAUUAUAUCAGAUGUUCCAUAUUGCCGAGAAAGCAUUGGCCACAUUGAAAGUAAACAGCCAGAAUUGUAAAAAGGCUUUAACAUCCGACAUGCUUGCAACCGACAUGGCAUAUUAUCUUGUUAAAAAAGGCAUAUCGUUUAGAGAAAGUCAUCACCUGGUUGGGAAAGCUGUCGCUCUGGCUGAAUCAAAAGGAAUACCAUUGUUAGAGUUAUCUGUGCAACAAUUGAAAACGAUAAGCGAAGCGUUUGAAGAAAGUAUAUCGUGUAUUUGGGACUUCAAUUCCAGCGUUGAUCAAUAUAAAAUUGCUGGUGGAACUAGUUUUGAAGCAAUACAGCAACAGAUUAAUAACUUGCGAUGUUGGCUGUGUAACUAUUCAUUUAAAGAAUAAUAAUUAUAUCUGAGAUUAUAGUUAUAUACUAUAUAUACAUUUAUAUAUAUUAUUUUUUAAUAUUUUUAAUUAUAUUGUUAAUAAAAUUUAUUUUUUGUCUAUCUUAAUAAUACUGUUUUCU